GUAAAAGGAACGCUGAUAAGAUACUACUAUUCAUGAACUUCUCGUGGAAUAUGCUGUCAUCUGCGACCUACUAAAGCUUUCGUUACUAGGUUGUAGGCUGUGUUACGAUAAGGCUUCCAAACCCCCAUUUUGAAAAUUAAAAUGGCAGGGCGUCCCAGUGCAGCAAAAACAUACCAAUGGCUCCUUGAUAUAGACUUAAUCGCGCACAUGUGUUGAACCUAGCGUACCUUCUUUCAUUUUGUACCCUAAAAAAACCUAGGGAAGAGAGUAUCUUUUGUCUACUGAUGGAUUUAGUUGCUCCCAGAGAAGCCGAAUGGUUCGAAAACACCAAGGAAAUAGUAGAUCACCUUCCUGAUCGCAUUUCUGCCGAUAAUGAAGAGGCCAGGACUAGUGUUCUGGAGGCCGAAAAGGAUUACCAGAGCAUAGACGACGCGAUCUUGCGCGCCCAAGGGCACGAAGCGACCUUGAAGCGAUCCUUUUCACUCCUGUCCUCUCUAGGCCUUGCAUUUGAUAUAACGAAUUCCUGGGUCGGUGUUCUUAGUAAUUUUUCACAAAAUCUGAAAUAUGGAGGACCGCCUCUUGCUGUGUGGAGCGUGUUAAUUGCCGGGUUUGUUCAAUGGAUUAUAACCCUUGGACUUUCUGAAAUAGCAUCGGCUUUUCCAUCCUCCGGAGGACAAUACCAUUUUGUGUACAUCGUUGCAGCUCCCAAAUACAAGCGAUAUGCUGCUUUUGUGACGGGUUGGAUGUCGAUAUUCGGCUGGUGGCUUGGUACAUGUUCCGGUUUAUCUUUAGUUUCGACCGCGAUUCUCGGUCUUGGUUCCUUUUUGCACCCUGAAUACGUGGUGACACAGUGGCAAGUGUACCUCGUGUAUAUUCUGUUAAUUGUUGUUACAGUCAUCCCACUCUUCGUAUGUCCGAGAUGGCUUCCAACUCUCAGCACGGUGGCACUGGGCCUUACAGUCACCGGAUUUAUAACUUGGUUUAUUGUGAUCCUAUCUAUAAGGCACCACUCCAACAGUGUUGAAAUUAUCACGCGAGAGACUCAGGGCACCAGUGGUUGGAAUCCUGGAACUGCAUGGACUUUAGGCAUCAUUAAUUCUAUGUAUGCCUUUGCAGCAACCGACGGCGCAACUCACAUCGCCGAGGAAAUGCAUCGGCCUGGGGUCACGCUGCCGCGUAUCAUGAACUUGACAAUGGCUAUUGGUUUAGUAACGGCAUUUCCUAUCAUCGUGGUGUGCAUGCUGUCAGUAAAGGACACAAGCGACAUCAUGAGCGCAGGAUGGCCAGCCUUGGAGAUGCUCUAUCAGAUAUCUGAAAGCAAGGCUGUGACAGUCGCAUUGUCAAUUUUGUUGAUCCUGAUUUACACUUCCAAUCUUCCACCUCAGUGGAUCGCGAGUGGACGACUUGCAUGGGCCUUUGCGCGAGAUAAUGGACUACCAUACUCCAAGUAUUUUUCUCACAUCGACCCCGUCCUCCAAUUCCCCGUGCGAACGACUGUAGCCGCCUGUAUCUUCAGCUCAAUCUAUGGUCUAAUAUACUUGGCCAGCACCACCGCCUUCAACUCGAUCAUAACCUCCGCGAUUCUAUUCCUAAAUAUCAGCUACGCUAUUCCUCAGGCCAUUGUUGCAGUGCGAGGGCGCUCGAAAACCCUUGUUAAUCGUCCAUUGAAUCUCGGGAGGUGGGGAUACAUAUGCAAUAUCUUCGCUCCUCUUUGGAUUGUGGUCAUGUGUGUUCUUGUCUGCUUCCCACCGUCACUACCUGUAACGCUUGGUUCAAUGAACUACAGUGCACCAGUAAUUGUGGCACUUUUUGCCGUGAUUGUCGUCUGCUGGGUUUUUACGGGGAAACAAUUCGAAUGUCCCGCUAUUGAUAUUGAACUACUCAAUGCAAGAAAUACGAAAUGAGCUCAAGCAGCUUCAUGUCUUCAAUUUUGCCUGCGCUACAAUACCGAAUACACAUUUUUCUUUAUUUUAUUUUUAAAAUGAAAAAUUUGAUAA